GACGGCGCGGGCAUAUUGCGUGACCUCGAUCUUCUCCUGCACCCACGGGUACCCCCUUUAGUGCGAUCGCUGCCCCACGUCGAGAUGUUGUCUCUGUUCCGCGAGGAGGAAGGCGAUGAAGAAAUGGAAAUGCGAAAGGCUCUGGGGUUGGCGACCGCGGAGGAAACCUUGUCCACGCUACCAUCGACCACGCGCGAUCUCACAACGCCACCGGAGCCGGUACGUCCCGCCUCCGUCGCAGCAAACUCAACCAUACCUGUGGAACGUACCGUACCUGUCAGCAACCAUGCCUCCCAAGGGCAACCCCCGAUGCCUAUUCGACAGCCCUCUCAGAUUCCAUCUAUCGCCACGAAUGCAGCGCAGUCCAUCGCGUCUUAUUCGUCGACAGCUCCGGCGCAGACAGUCCCAGCAAGCUCUACUGCACACAUUGCAGCGUCCUCCAAUCAAAGGCAGAUCGAUACAUUACAAGGGCAGGGACCUCCGGUCCCGUCGCAUCCUACGCCAUCUACAGAAACAACUCCGAUCCCGGCUCCCUUUACAUCCGUGAUACAGCCUCCAACGACCGGUCCGUCAAACGUCCCACCGCCAGCGUCUGUUCCCGAGACACGGCCUCAGGGUGUAGUGCCGAUGGAUGAAGACGACGAAGACGAGCCGAUGCCACCGAUUAACAUGGACUCUGACUCCGAUGCGGACAGUUAGAGCGCGGUGGUGUAGCGACUACCGACUAUGUAGCACUGUGACACCGGAGGGAUGUAUCACGACCGCGAACGACACGGACGCCUUCGUUUCCAGUCAUCGCGCUGUGCUUGACCAAAUAGUAUCUCUUGUGUCCUGGCUGCUCAUGUCUUGAUACGCU